AAUGAGAGACUUUCAUGCAUAUUGUAUGAUGCUUGUGCAGAUGAAACCCAAGUCACCCACUCAUGAAUAAUCCAACUGUUCUUACCCUUCUCAAAGGAUAUUUUCCUGAACAAUCCGAAGUCACAACCACCACCUUGAAAUCUCCAGGAAGUCAAUGUUGCAAACUCACUUAAUUUUAUUAUUAAGACUUGCCCCAUGAAAUGUUUGCGAGAUGGAGCCAGCAGCUAAGAGACGGACUGAGAAAAGUUUUAGCUAUGUCAUCAGAGCCCCCAGCAGCGAGGGGUUCGACGUAAUGAACGUUGAUGUGAAGAUUGACACAUCCUGGGUAUUCCCGGACAUGGAAGAUAGUGCUGAGGAGCAGGAAUGUCUUCCGGAAGAAGCAUCUGCUCGCCCAGAUGGGGAUACGGGGGCGAUCAGGAGGCAGCUAGAGUCCUCCGAGCAGAAGCUGUUAGCAGCGGUGAACAAGUAUGUGACGUCGGAGUCCGGGCUGAGAAGCAGAAUUCGGGAGCUGGAGCUGUCAGAGAGGAAACUCCUCCAGAAGGUGGACCAGCUGAGUGCCCACGUGGCCCAGGAGAGAAGCGCCUGGCUCGAGGCCCAGGAGAAGCUGGCGGCGCUGCAGGGGGAGCUGGCCGGCCGGGUCCGGGAGAAAGAGAGCUUGGCCAGGCGGCAGCGGUGCCGGCUGCGGCGGUUGCGGGAGCGGCUGCGGCGCAAGGACGAGGCACUGGGGCAGCAGGUGGCGGCCCUGGAGCGCUGCCGGCGGACCGAGCGGCGCCAGCUGGUCCUGGUGCGCGAGCAGGAGCGCGUUCUGCGGGCGCAGGUGCAGAGGCUGGAGCACGACGUGCGGCGCCUCUGCCGCGCCGCGGGCCUCCUGUUGGCCCAGUGGGACACAGCGGCCCCGGGCCCCCAGGGCGCCCUGGAGGCGGCUGCGGAGCUGCGCGCCCUGCAGGCGAGGGCCGAGCGCAGCGAGCGCGAGCGGGAGGAGGCGGCGCGCAGGCUGCGGGAGCAGCGAGCCACCGAGCGCCGGCUCCGCGGGCAGCUGGAGGAGCUGCGCUGCUGCAUCUACGGACUGAAGCUGUCGGAGAUUGACCUGCAGGGCCAGGUGGAGGACCUCGCCCAGCAGAACCAGUGCCUGCGAGAGGAGCUGGGAGCCCAGGUCCCUGCUGGUCACUGCAGCCUGGAUGCCCUGGGCUGUGUUCAGGGUGACUCACUGCCCCUGCCUGGGGAGGAGGCCCUGGACCUCUGCAGAAGCCAAGGCCAGCGGAGCUCCCUGCGGUCUGAUGAUGCUGGACAAAGGGCCUCAGCAGGCCAGUCCCCCCCGGAAGGGUCCAGUGCCUGGAGCUGCUUUGGGCCUGGACAGGCCUCUUCUGUUUUGGCUCCAGGCCCGGAGACCUCAAGCGAGCUCCCAGGAGACCUGGCAGGAUUCGACCGUGAUCAGCUUACUCUGGCAGAGCCCAGCUUGGAUGGACAGAUUCUUCUCCUGGCCUGUGGCUGCCCCCCAAGGGAGUGCUUGGACGAGUCACUCCUCCCCAUGGACCUGGCCCGGAUUUCAGAGAAUCUAGCAGCUGACCCGGCCCCAGAGGCCUUCUUCCUGGUGCAGACGUCUACAUGCCCUCUCUGGGGGCCGGCUGGGGACUCAGCUUCUUGGCCACUCCAGGAGGUUCCCCUCGAGGGACUACAAACCCAAGAUGAGUUGGUCACUGUGUCCCCACCUCCUCCCAAAGCCACAGGACACCCUGGCUGGGAUUGUCACCAGGCAAGAGGCCAUGGUGCCUCCCUCUUCCAUGAGGCCCCCCAAAUUUCAAAUCACCGAUUUCCCAAAAAAGACCCUAAAGAUCUGAAAGACACUUGGAACAACGGAGGAGAAAGUCUGGGGAGAAGAACCAAGGAGGGGGAGGCAAGGGGGACUUUGGACAGGAAGGGGAAAAACUUCAGUGACAAUCACCAGCCAAGUCAGGAAAGCCGUCAGAACCUGAGCUUGGAGAACCAGGCUGGAGCCACAGAGGGCAUGCAGGACCAGAACGGGGCUUCCAAGAACAAGGCCACCACCUGCUGGCCUGAGCCCUGGCAGGAGUUUCUGAUGCCUCUUCUACAGGGGGAGGCCUCAGUGUCAAAGGAAGGACCCGAAUCCCUGAGCAGGAAAGGAAGAGUGGAAGGAUAUGUCUGGGGUCUUGGAGGAGGACUGUCAUCAGAGAAGGAAGAGGCGGCAACCCCAGCCACCUUCUCCAGCGCUUACGAGACCAAAGAGCCGAGGCCAACAGACAGUCAGCCCCCGGCAGGGAGAGGCAGAGGUCUCGGGAGGACAGCUAGGGCCAAGGAGGAAAGCCAGGUAUGGCUUGGAAAUGCUCAGGUUCUGCAAGGAGAAAGCCUGGAGGACGAAGGGGCGCUAGAGGAGGAGGACGGGGUCCCGCAUCAAGAAGCGUCCAGUCCGGGGUACAGGGGUGCCCCCGAGGAACCUCACUCCCAGGGACACGAGAGCAAGGAAAUGCUUUUCUUUGUGGGAGAGACAGAUUUGCCGCUGUUUCCCAGAUUUGCCUUAUCAGCUGACGGGGGUGAACCCACUGGUCAUGGUCAACCGCAAGCUGUGAGCAAAGGAGAGGACAGGUGUGCACUCACAAUCGAUGAGCUGGCACAGGAGGUGGAGGCUUGUUUCCAGCAGCUGUCCACACUGCAGCCGGGCGGUGGGGGCUGGCAGCACUCAGCCUCUGUGUGUGGGGGAGGGAACUGGAACUUCGCUGAGAAGUGGCACAUUGGUGGGGAGAGAGCUUGCUCUCAGCAGGUUUGGGGAAACCAGGGUAUUUGUUCUGAUGAAGAAGCAAAGUCUAAAGAGAGUGGUGAAGGGGAUAAGCUGGAAAAGACCAUGGCUCUGGGCACCAGCGAAGUUCCCGGUGACCCAGGGACAUUGCCUGAUUGGGAUGAAGCCAGCCCGGACCCUCCAGGGGAGCCCGCUGAGCCCUCGGGUGCCCUCAAGAGAGUGAAGAGCAGGUUUCAUCAGCUCAUUUCUAGACUGAAGAAAGAGAGAAGCCAGAUUUUACAUGACAAUGCCAAACUUCACGGAGACCAAGAGAGGUGCCAUAAAAGAGUGUGCACCCUUGAAAGAGAGAGAGAGGUGACAAAAAUAUCCAGGCUGGAGCAGGAGAACCAGGCGCUGGGAGGGGACAUCUCUCAGUUAAGGAAAGAACUGGACCGAUAUUUACAAGUCAUCUCUGACCUGGAAGACUGCAACAGAAAGAGUUACAGCAAAAUUUUGGAGCUUGAAGAGGAAAAUGAAAAACUGAAAGGGAAUCUGGGCCAGCUCCAGAAGGCCAUGUCGGAGAGCAUUCGGAAAUCCAAAGGCACGGUGGAGCAAGUCGCCCUGGAGAACUGGGAGCUGCGGGUGCUGAUCUCAGAGCUCGGCGUCAGUUACAAAGAGCUGAUCAAGGAUGUGGUGCUGAGCAUAGAAGACAUGAUCUGGGCCUUCAGGGGGGAGAACGAGCACCUUUUACACAGAGUCCACGUCCUGGAGAGGGAUGUCACCUUGCAGAGGAGCAUGGAUCAGGGGCAUUCGAUGAGGGGAAGGCAGCACCUUCAGGGAAAAGCCAGGAUGCAUGCUGUGGACAAAGAGGUGCAGGUGACUCCAUGCACAGGGCAGCUGCUUCCAAGAGCCUGUGGGCCACCCUUGGAGAAGGAAACGAGCCUGGCUGCAGGGCAGACAGGACCUUCCACAGGCGCUGGGAAUUCCAGACGCAGUGCUGAUUCUCCUCCUCCAUCAGUGGUCUGGAACAACGCUGACGUAGCCAACACCCUGCAAGGAAAUGUCGGUGGAGCCGGAGUGAAAGAAGCAUGUUUGGAGAAAGAGAAGAGGCCCUGGUGUUCUGUGGCUCAGGGGCAAGCUCUGAGGUCCCAGAGCAACGGCCCAGAGCUCCAGGACUCAGAGGCUGAAGGUACUGAGGAGGGUCACAGGCUGCAUGCCCGGCAGCUCCAUCACCGGGUACUGACAUUACAGUGCCAGCUCAGGGACCUGGGCGCCACCCACCAGGCAUAUCGGGACAAGGCCACUCGUCUCCAGGAGGAGCUCCAGGCCAAGCUUGAAGAACUUCAGCAAAAACAACAUGAAGCACAGUUGGCAGUGACUCCCCUGAAGGCCAAGGUAGCUUCCCUGGUCCGUAAGUGCCGGGAGAGGAACCGCCUGAUCACCCGCCUGCUGCAGGAGCUGCACAGACAUGGGCCGGUGGACCUUCUGCUCUCCGAGCUGGCGCAGAACAUGCUCGGCGACAUGGCACUGGCUGAGUACGUGGCCGCCUUCCUGGAUCCUGGAGUCCCAGAGACGAGCCACGACCUGGACGUCAAGUCUGAGAUGACAGCAGCUCUAAGAGCUCAGACAUACCUCUUGAAUCCUGAAAUGGACAGUGUCCACCAAAGCCCAUUGUCUUCAGAGUCCUGGCCUGUUCCCGAGCCUGAGUGGCCAGCACAGACAGCCCAACUGGAUUCUCGGAAGCUCCUUCUGUCCUCGGCAUCCACGCUUGAUCCUGGAACGUGCCUGGCCACAGUCACCGAGGAAUCAGGACUCCCUGCACAACGUCUGCAAGAAAAAAGGGGAAUGCCCCGUCCUGCCCUCCACGCCGAUAACGCCCCAGCACCCUCCGAGCUCCUGAGCCCAGCGAGGAUCCUGGCUUUUCACCAAGAGCUUAGACAAAGCAUUUGCAGCAAUUCCCAGGUCCAUAAAUCAUCACUGGAGUUCUAACUGUAAUAGGACCACUCGUUCUCCGGAGCCAUUUCAUAGACUCCAUAAAUAUUUGAAGCAGAACCUUCAGAGAGUGCUUUAAGAAAUUGGUAGCAAUCAAAGCCCUCAUUUAGUGGCAAGUGGUUUUGCCUUUGGCUUAGGGAUUUGUGUUCAUUGUCAGAGCUUGAGAGCAAUGCUGGCGGGUGCCUGGCACCUUCUGAGGGGCGUGGCUUUGACGAUGUCAAGGCAGCGCAGGAAAUACUUACUGCACCAGAACCUAUCGAAUGAGUGGUCCGGAGGGUCUCAACUGGGUGCAGCUUUAGCCCCCCAGGGAAAAUCUGGCCUUGCCUGGAGACACUUUUGGUCGUCACAGCUGGGACACUUCUGCUGGCAUCUGGUGGGUAGAGGCCAGGGAAGCUACCAAACAUCCUACAACACCCCAGCCAGCCUCCUAUGGCAAAGAAUGACAGUCCCAGUGCCGCCAAUGCUGGGAUGGUGAGCCCGGGACGGAUCUCACAGCUGCGAACACGAUCAGCCAUAGAGAAUUGUUUUGUUAUUUUUCUGCCCCCAGGCUCCCUCCCGUGUUCUAAGGGAUUUUCGUCUAUUAAAUGAAGCACCUAACUUAAGUCAUUAUACAUUUUACAUUUAAAAACAUUAAAACUGACCAGAACUUUCUAGUCAGUCCAUUCACUACAAAAACAUCUGUUGAUACCCACUCUGUGCCAGGCAGUGUGGCAUGAAGGGGAAAGAGAUGCGUCGGUGUUGAUACCGGCACCGGGGACCUCACAGGACAGUGGGAGAGACUCCUGUGAGUAAAUCCGCGUGCACGCAAGUAUCACACGUGCACUGAGAGACGGGAGGAAUGCAAGGGGCAGUGCUACGUGGCUUGGAAGUCAGCCACAAAGAAUGGCUGGGCAGCAUCCUGUGGGUGAGGUGGGAAGGGCGAGGCUGGAGGAGGGAACGCAUGUGCAAAGGCCCUGAGGCAUAAACCUGAACUCUGGAUGUGUCCCUUGGAGGCAGAGUGGGCAAAGCGUACUCUUAUCAAGCGAGCUGCAAACAGUCACUGCCUCAUUCCCAUCCAGAACCCCUUCCUUCCCCCGAGAAGAGAGACUCAGGUGGUUGACCCAGGAGAAGAGUACUUCCCUCCUGAGGGCAGCCCCCCAAAAACGGAGUCCAGGGGGCUUGGACCACAGGCACCAGACCCUGACCCAGGCUCACCCACAGAGCUGUCACCUCUCUCUUUGGGAAGGGGCUGACGAGGGGCUUGAGGGAAAGGUCAGUGCUACCCGUCCAAUUCUGUCCUCUCCUGGAGUGGCUGUCCCUUCAUGGAAGGACAAAGACAAGGACAAGGAGCUGAGGGUUCCCCGGGAAGGGUCAAAGUGCAUACAUUGAUUUUACAUAGUUUAGCAUUUUGUUGUGAAAUGAAAAUUACACAGAGUUCCCAUGGGUUCUUCCCCGGGCUUCCCUUGAUGUCAGCAUCCCAUGUGACUUACAAUUAUAGAAACUAGUGGGUUUUAUUUUGAGGAAAAUUGGGGAGCCAUUGAGACAUAAGAAGAGCAGCCUCAGCAUAUGGAGUUCCACCCUUUAAAUUAGCUUAUGGGGUUUUCUGAUGGGUUAGCACAUUCAUCCAUUUAUUCCUGGAUUGAUUUACCCACAGAUCCAUCAUUUAUUUAUUCGAUCUGCAUUUAGUGACGGCCGUGUACGUCUGGCUAGAUGCUGCUGGUCAACAAGCAAAGAUGAUGCUGUCCACUUAGGCUUUCAGGGACCCCCUGGAGACCCUGUGGCCCCGUUACCACCCCUCAGGGAGUCCCAAGACUGGAAAGCACCGCAGUGAUCCCUCUGCCGGUUCGACCACCCCAGCGCCUCGCUGUAAUUUCCAAGCCGGAAGUGACCUGCAGCGCUGGUUUAGUGAUCCGCCUCCUGCCUCCCUCUGUAUGUUGGGACAACAUCAUUAGCUUUGAGCAUCAGGAACAUGAUGGAGAGGGGACAGAAAGCCAGUGCAGUCGAGGACAGCCAGCUGAGCCCUUGCCGAGUUGGCGAGAUGCAGCUUGGUGCCACCACACUUGGUCUCCAGGACUGCUGGGAGCUCAGACGUUGGGCAUCUCGUCACUUCAUGCGCCCCCCGUGCACUCAUGUGCUGGGCCUGGGCAAAAAGGCAACCCAGGAAAUCCAUUAAAGCAAGCCAAGACGAUCUUCACAGCUUAACCCAACGAUUCCCUAAUAAAUCAUGUUUCCGAGACAGAAGCCAGUUAUUCUUCCGGGCCGUGAAUCCCGUCUGGGACUAGCACUUUGAGUCGGCUCCAGCUUUGUGCCCUGGCUCCCUGGGCACUUCUGCAGUGCAGCACGGCGGACUCCUGCCUUCCCCUGGCCUGGUCUGUAGCCCCCAGCCCUUGGAAGGGUACAUGGACGCUCCCUGCACCCAUCAGAUGCCCUGGGGCAGACCUGCUCUGGUGACCCAGCGGAUUCAGGCAGGAACUUGGCACACAGGAGCUGGUCUCCGGCUGCCCCACGGGCAGCAAUGACUCUACCAGUGACCCCGAGGCCUCUGGAGACCAGCCAGACAUCCAGCCUGGCUCUGCAGCAGAAAACGAUUUGUCACAGGACUGUCAGCAAACAACAAUGGUUGACUUCCCUGGCGGCGGAGCCCUAAACCCUGCGAGACCCUCAUGGGAAACCACAGCUUCUCCAUACCCGUCCCUGUCAGCGCAUUGAUCUGCCGGCUUGUUUCCAUAAGCACUUGGUCAGAGGAAACAAAAGUCUUACAUCAUUUGCUCCACAAACUCCCGUGGUGACUGGAACCCAGCUGCUGCUGUCUGAGAAAGGAAGACAGCACAGAAGCAAACACAGCAAGCUGGAAAAUAUUUACAUCCUUCUCAACGGACAGAGAAGAGGUGGCCCACCAUGGUUCACGAUCCUUUCCAGAGAGCCAGAUUAUAAGCCAAGCAACCAUCUUCCUGUCUCAGGUCACUAAUGGGGAAUAUUUCUACUCUGUAUGAUGCCAAGCAGGGGACCCAAGAGAUGGCUGCUGACCGUAAGAAGCCCACAUUUAUUGGCAUGGGUGAGUGGCAGGAAGCUGGGUCUGGAGACCCAAGGACCCAAGGACCUGUUGGCUCUGCUGCUCCGAUGCUGCGUCACUGUGCACAAAUAACUCACCUUCUUCCAACGUCCUCUUCAUCUGUUUGAGGGUCCUAUGCCUACUUGACAGUUUUGACAACCAAGUGAGCUAAUGGCUGGGAAAGUGCCUGAAUACCAUAAGAUUCUCCCCAAACGUUGGGGGCCUUGCUGUGUUUGUGAAAUGCAGUUCCUUCGUCUUAGGGACUUCACUAACGGUUGUUCAGGAGCACACUCUUGCCAUAAAGACGCAUGGAUUUACCAUUCUGCAUAGCUUCUAUCCAAGAUGGCUCAUGCGGGGAUGGUAGGAUCAUGGUUUUAAAAAAUCAUUGAAGUGGUUAUUUUGAUAUUAUAGAACUCCUGCAGAUGCUUGGGCUAAGAUGGAGUUCUCAACUUGCACGAAAAGUUGCAUGCAAGUGAACUCUUUCCUGAGGAGAAGGAGCAUGGAUUUCAUCUGAUUUGCAAAUAAGACUGGUAGACAAACACCCGAGCAGCCAAGCUCCCUUAGUCUAGGCGAAAAGGGCUCUCUCAGGAAACCCAGAGACCAACUCUGCCUCCAACUUGCUGGUGACCUUAAGGCUGCCCCUUGGCUUCUAUCCGCCUCGGCUACUUAUCUGUAAAAUGGGUGUAGCACAGCCUUCCAGUUGCUGAGCUCCUACUGAGACACCGGCUCUGGCCAGGCAGGAAGCUUCCAGACCCAGCCUCCUUGCUUCCAGAGCGAGGAAGCUGAUUCCCAGAGAGGUUAACAGACAUCUGCGGUCCAGUGACAAAGCCACUUGGUUGCAGAUGGGAUUGAACCUGGUUUGGAUGUCAUCAUGGAGUGUUCUCCAACUGUGCCAUGGGGCCGGCUCUUCUGAAUCAGAAUUUUAGGUCUUGAUCUGACGCAAUUUAUUUUCUAGUGGGCUACAAUCUAUAUGGCAUCACCUAGCAAUAGGUAUGUGUUUAAGGAAUUGUUUCAUUUUGUGUGGAAUUCUUGCCUGCUUUUCACCCUGGGGAAGCCCUGAAUCCCAGGAUAUCUUGGAAACUCACCUACUUUUUGACUAGACUUACAUGAUUAAGCUUUAAAUCCACUCUUCCAUAGCCUUCCUUAGCUAGUUUCCCAGUGUGAAAUGAAGCAUCAAAGCUGAUCAAAGGUUUAUGAAUUGCUUUGCAAUGAGAUUAUUAUAUGACUUUAGUUACCCAUCAUUGCAGAAAACAGGCAACCCAAGUCCUUUCACAGAUGAGUUCCUUUCUAUUUGUUUUACUCAGCAAUUUAUUGAGUAAACUUUUAUAAACUUGAGAGGAGCUUUUCACCUUCAGAUUGUGAGCUUCUUUUAAGAAAUUCACAGCUUCCCUCUGACUGCAGGGAUAAAUUCCAGGUCUGAAAUGUGAAACCUUUUGAGAACUCAGUCAACUUCUGAGAAUAGGGUGCUAGACAUUUCUGAUAUUUUAGACACAACCUUUUUUCUCUGUUGAGGUAGUGCCAUGCAGUGGAAAGGGCUCUGAGUUGGGAUUCCAGCAAGGGUAGGAGGGGCUGCAGUCCUGCCACUUACCCCUUCCAGGUCAUUUGAAGGAUAUAAAGACUGCAUUCUGCAGUGAUGAUUCUUCACCCUGGUUGCAUGUUGGACUCACCUGCAGAGCUUUUUAAAAAACCGAUGCCCAGGCCUCUCUCCAGGCCACUUAAAUCAAGUUGUCUUGAGUGGGGCCCUGGGCAGAGAUCAUUUUGAAAAGCUUCCCAGUGAUUCUAAUGGGCAACUGGGGACGAACCAUGGGAAUACACUCACAUAGUCUUUUUCAAUUCUCCCAUUCCCCGUGCUAAUUAAAUUCUAAAAUGCUACUGUGGGUUUCUUCUAUGUUAGACUCCUAUUUAUUUUUGCUCCUAGCUAGGAAAGAAAUGUGUCCUCAGAGUCGAAAGGAUGAAACGUCUCAUCUUUGGAGUAUUUUUGGCCAUGAGUUGGCUUUGCAACUCUACCCUCAGAGGGCCUUUUAAACAGCUGAUGGUUCUUAUGGAAAUGAAAUGCAUGAUGUAAUACUGCAUGGAGCUCCACGUGGCAGAUCCUGGAGCUGAGCUUUUGGUGACAGUUCCAUGAAAGUUCAGAUCAUAUAACUGGAUGGGACAAUAGACACACUCAAUGAAUCUCUUGGGUGGUACAGUUGUUUGCAUCCUAAACUCCAGAAUAUCCAAAAAGAGAUAUUCUGUGAUCGAUACAUUUACCAGUUGGGUAAGCAGACACAAGUAGAUUUGUCUUUGGCAUGUGCACCAAUGGCCAACUGCAUUUCUACCUGGCUUUGAAAUAAAUUAUUUGAAGUUCUCUGGUGCCUUAAGGUGGUAUAGAAGGAAAAGACCCCUGGAGUUUGUUAAUAUAUUCAGUCUUCUUCUCUGUGUUACUGGAUUUUCUAAAAGCAGAUCAUUUGUACCUUGGACCUAAAACCGCUUUCAAGAACUCGGUAGACUUGGGAUUGAAGGACUGGGUUUUCCCUUUCCCACGCGAACUUCCCUAAAUCCUACUCUGGCUUCAGAAAGCUCAGCUCCUAUACAAGUCUGACUUCGGCAUCCUUAGUGUAAACGUCUUGUAUUGAGUCAUGGAAAGACUAAUGGAAGAAUUGAUAGCUCAAAAAUGAGUUUCCUGCCAACAACACUUUUUUUCUGUCUCUGAAAACACCAGCAGGCUGUGUCCAAGAAUGGGCUGAUGUUCCCUUUAUGCGAUGGUAGAACAAGGGAAGAGAGAGAUAAAUGAAUGGGAUUGUUAAAAAUGGCUGAAAACUUGAUAUGAACUUUGAGUCCAUAUUAUCUUUUUAAAGUGAUACAAUACAAUAUUUGUAAAUGGGACAUUGAAAGUGAUGGGGUAAAGGAAUGCCUACGCAGUGGUGUUCUAACCAUUAACUCUUUAGUGGACAGGGACAAGGUCUGCACCUCACAGAAGUAGGAGAGUGAGUUAUGGGCCCAGACACAUGGCGGCUCUGCCACCAACGAACUGUGCAAGCUUGGACAAGGUACCUACCUCUCUCAGCCUCAAAGUCCUCCAUGGAAAUAGUGGGAAGGGGUGAGGAGUAAACAAAUAGCAAGUUUCUUAAAACACUCAGCAUGUCGGUGGAUGCUGGGAGCCUUCCCUCACCCCUUUGAAAAUGGGCUCUGCACAGACACAUUUUGGUGGGAGGCUGGGGCCAAUCCCACCAACCUGAGUUGGGGAAAUAAGAUGAUCCCUUCCGCAGUUCAGGUUUGCACAACCAGCUUUUGCAGGGAAGGCAGGGAAGAGGCGUGGGUGUUGUUGGUAGAGCGAUAAGCAAGGCUUGCAAUUUCACUUUGGUAGAACCACUGUGGUCUCCUUAGUUCUUCCAGGUUGAAUCCUGGGCAGAGAUCACAUGAAAGCUGAGAAGCACAGAUAUCAGUUUAGAAAUUGCGUAUUUUCCCGCUGAAUCCCAAAUGCACAAUAACUCUACACUUUGCGGUUGCAUGAAUCUACGAGGCCUCCUAUGCACCCUCAGUAAUAAACCCAAGACUCAGAAUGUUGUCAGGCCAAGUUCUGCCCCUCCCUGGAGUGAGCCACCCUGCUUCACAUGGGAGUGGUCCAGUGAUACAACCCGAGCCUCCCCUCCGGAAGCUCUUCAGCAGGACCCUUCUUGGGUUCCGGGGCAGCGGUCUGUCCCCCGAGGCCUGCCUGCCGUGAAGCCAUCAGCCCGUGGAGAUGUUCAUUGGAUUCCCGACCGGUAGUGGGUCGGGCUCAACCCUCCCUUUGGGUUUUCAGGAUUUGUAAUGAUCGCUCCAUUUGUGUAAAAUAGGCCGGCAUUUUCUCUUGUUACUGAGAUGUAUUUUUCUAUGUUAGUUAAAUGUAUAAUUUGUGUAAUUUUGUACAUUAAAAUGUAUGCUUUUUCACAAUUAAAGGGUCUUUUUUCCCUUUUGAA